AUGAACGCACAAGAGUACCAUGAGUGGCGGGACGGUCCACAAAUCUAUUGUGCCAUUGUCGCGGCUUUGGCGAGACACGUCUUGUCCAUCUUCUCCCCUUUACACCCGUUUGUUGAGAAGAUUGCAAAAUUUGCAUCAUUGGAAUGGUGCUUGGAAGAGAUGCUUGGAUCAGCGCCAAGAUCACUGAUGGGUGCUCUCAUGUCCAAAUCCUUGUGGAGAAAGCUGUCUCUCAUCUCGAGUCCCAACCCGGCUCGGCAGCCACCGAUGCCCACAGAACCAGCCGCUAACGAGCAAGUACCGCCUCAUCGGCCAAGGCAAGAGCCGGGAAAUCAACUCUUAGGAGGCGGCCACAUACUUCGACGGCACAGCGCUCCUCAGACAAGCCUCUCAACUGCUUCCCCUGAGCUUCGGAGUGAGACGCCCUCCGGCCUCACCGAUAUAUACGAGUUGUAUUUUGAUGAUGAGAUAGGAGCACCUCAGGGCACUGGAAGGCUUCUGGAUCUUCAAAAUUUGACAACCGUACAGCCGUCCGAAUCGCGAUUGCAGGAUACAGUUCCGCCUUCCGGGACCUUUGAUCAAGAACAUAAUCUGCAUGUGGGAUCGGAGACAAAGCAGUCUCCAACCACAGCUAGCGACAAGCAAUCAAUCGGAUUGGAGGAGAGGAAGAGUACAACGGACCAAUUGGAGGAGACUACUUCGCACCAACAAGAGGAGAGUACAUCAAAUCAACAAGAGAGUACAUCAAAUCAACAACAACAGAGUAGAUCAGAUCAAAACCAGGAGAGGACAUCAACCCAACAAGAGCAGCAGAUUCCGUCGGAAACAUUCAUAUCUUCGACCGAAGUGAAUUCUUCAGCAAUCGCUACCGUCGCAGGCGCUCAGAAACCAACCACUCUUCGAAACGGAAUGCAGCCCCUACGCGAUGCACAGAUAGCAGACAGCGGAAACGCCAGUGACUCUCCUCACCAGGUCAUGGAUACACUUGAACCACUUUCAGAAUUGAAGCACACUAGCGUUGAAGGAUCCGGCACUACUCAACAUCCAGAUAUCACUACUUCGGAAGGCGACCUAUCCGCUGCAGACGAAGGUAACACUGGCAACACCACAACUCUCCAACCAUGUCCGGAAACUCAACCGGUCAAUGCCAAUUUGUCUGGCGAUAGCAAUGACCCAGAACGAAGACUAUCAGUUUUGGAAGUUGAUCCGUUUGUUGCAGAUUUGGCCGCUGCUGAUAGCUCUCAUACCGCCCAGACUCUGCGGAACCCUUCCACUGUUCCUACCGAUGACGAAGUAGGUCUAAGCGUGGGUAGUGUGGAGACUCAUCCGGGCAAUGUUCCAUCACCUCCAAGCAGUGACCAGGCUACCGCCGAUGGGGUUGGUGCCAAUCGUGAUGCUAGCUUUGGCAUGGACCCUCCAGUUUCUGGCUUCAAGGGUUUGGUUGGACGCGCCGCCGGAAUGUUCAAGAUGCCGCCUUCCUACACCAAAGACGAAAUCAUUGGUAUGGCAGCACAGGAUUACAGUCUAGAGCAUUUGAAAAAUGGUAUUGCCGUGGAUGAAUUCAAUCAAAGGAUCAAACAAUGGGAAGAGUUUGAAGACUCCAUUGUCAGAGCAGAGAUGCCUUUACGGUUUCCGGAUCCGCUCGACUACGGUCAAGAAUGGCGGGUGUUUUAUGCUUUGCAACUAUGGUAUUAUGAACAGUGGCACAGGGAGAAGAAGAAGAGAGGGGAAAACGGGAGCUUUCCUCCAGGCUAUAAGACGUUGCUCAAUCGCAAUGAGGAUGAGAUUCUCAAACGCUCUGUUCCGUUUGGCAGACGCCGAUGA